AUGGAUUCCACCCCCAGGGGUCGGGCCAUUAUAAUAGUUACUCAAUCUGAGUUGGCCAACGAAGCCGAACAAUUCAAAUCAAUAUUCACACAAUUACUAUUUGAAACAGAGGUUUAUUCGCUGAUCACAUGUGACGAGAUUCAAAUUAAACUGACCCAGUUGGCAAAUACUAAUGAAUAUAAUGGCAAUGCUUUUAUCAUGAUGUUUAUUGGCAACGGCUAUAACGAAAAUAUAAUAGGCUAUAGAGAGCCGAAUGACACGCAAUGGCCGCCAGAGAAUCACAAUCUGUUGCCUAUCAGUGAUAUUGUGGCCACAUUUGCUUGGACUCGGGCACCAGUAUUACGAGAUAAGAUCAAAGUGUUUAUUUUCAACUGCGACCGCUUAAGGUAUGGAUCCUGGUGUAAUCUUGUUGGCGGUCCUAUUGGUUAUGUCACUCAUUUCGGUCAAACAUUUAGUCACACAAUAGCGCAGUACUCGUCAUAUAAAAGCCUUAUUGAGAUGUUUGUUAUGACACUAAACCGUAUGGAAGACGAGUUAACGGAGAGAAGGUUAUGGCAAUUGCCAGAAAUUAAUAUGUUUGAAACGACUAAGGAUUUU